AUGGGGCCUCUGUGGCGGCGCGUUUUUCUGGUCUCUCUGCUGUUACUUGGAUUAUUGUCCGGUGGAGUUUCUGACGACAUAGGUGGAUCUUUCGUCCGGAACCACACGAUCAUCCUGUCGGGAAGUCCGUACAACGUUACCGAUGAAAUCAUCGUCGGUGAGGAGGUGACUCUGACGAUCGAAGCGGGGGUUCGGCUGUUGUUCCCGGAGAGGGUCGGCAUGACUGUGCUCGGGCGGCUGAUAGCUAUAGGCAACUCUAGUGAUAGAAUUGUCUUCGACCGGAAGAGGAACCCUCCCGACUAUCAACCAAACUACGCGACACGUGACCACGACAUCCGGUUGCUGGGUCCUACCGUGUUUGAGGGACGUGUCCAGGUCAAACUCAAUGGGACCUGGGGUUCUCUAUGCCUGCAGCAUUCGUGGCAGCAGUGGAGGACUUCAGAAGCAACUGUGGUUUGUCAACAGCUGGGGUUUGCGAACGGACGAGUGGAGAGCAGGUACCGGUAUGGCACAGGGCGCAUGGCUGUAUGCAACUUAGAGUGCCAAGGCAAUGAGGACAACAUCUUUGAGUGUAGACAUGACGACCUUGACCAACCCCCUCAGUGCUCGCUGACUUGUGAGCCUACCCCAGGUUGGGGAGGAAUUCGCAGCUACUCAAGUGAACCUGUCAACAUCAGUAACACCAACUUUCAGUACGUUGGUCAGCUUCAUAACGAGAAAGCCUCUGCACUAUCAGUGCAAAAUGAUCCGUACCGGAUGCUGUUCAACGAGAUUCACAUGACAAACUUCGUCGAUAGCCAAACAGGAAUAGAAUUACUACCGGUGGAAGAAGUAUACAUAGAGAACGUCACAAUUGAGAGUUGUGCCACAGAAGCAGGUAUCUCGGUUCUAGAUCCCCAACAGUCCGUCAUAAUACGCAGUAGUCAUCUUACCAACACCGGAAACAGAAUCGGUGGUGGCAUCGGCAUAAAGAUGUUGGAUACUUUGUCUUGGUCCGAUCUUCACGAGCAGGCAGAGAGCGGGAGUAGCAUGUUCGUUUCGAUGUGUAGAGAUCCACCAAUCAUCAAUCUACGGCCGGGGCUGAGGCAGUGGCUUGUUCAUGGCAUUGUCAGGGGCGUUACUUCGAGCUGCUUGAAAAACAUCCAGGCUCCGCAUGGAUACCGAGUCCAGUUGAAUAUGAAGAAAAGCGAGUUUGACUACGGGGCUUCAGACAACAACCUAACAGUCUAUGAUUCAAGCACCAUGAAUGACUCUUGCGUGCUAGGUACUGUUGAUUAUUACAAUAGCUACCCAGGAGUGUUCACGUCGUCUGGGUCGAUACUGACACUACAAAUCAAGGCUAAACAAGGCCGUCGUUCGCUGUUCCUCGCUGAAGUAAGAGCAACUCCUGAUGCAGUCCACAGUACUAGUAGUCCAAACGAGUCGACCAGGAAGAUUUUCUUCCAGGACUCAUCGGUGACCAACUUUGACAAUGGGAUACAAAUCAACAUCCCCAAGGCAUAUGUCCAUAUUGAAAGAUCUACCUUUAGGUCUUGCUACAGGGGAACCUACGUGACCAAUACGGCAGGGAAUAAAACUAUACUCGGAUCGACCUUCGGUGAAAACACCAUUGGUCUGCAAGUAUCUAAUACAGAAGGACUGAUUAUGCUGGAAGCGACAGUUUUCGAUGAUAACAACGGUUACGGCAGCACAAUCUCUUCGUCGAGAGGUGAUAUCUUCGUAUCAGAUGUAUUAGCAAAGAACAAUCAUAAUGAUGGACUCUACUUUGACGACAUUGGCGGAGAUGUCACUCUGACCAAUAUGUCAGCUCUUGACAACAAUGGUUAUGGCAUCAAAAUUUCUUCAUCGCGAGGAGAUAUGUUCGUAUCAGAUAUAUUGACAAUGAGCAACACCAAUGGUGGACUCUACCUUAAUGAUGUUAGUGGGGAUGUCACAUUAACCAAUGUAUCAUCUCUUGACAACCGUGGCGAUGGAAUUAAAUUGUACACUAUCACUUGUACUGUUGUUGCCAUUGAAACCAAGUUGCAGUCAAACAGUGGUCAGGGCAUCACCCUUAUGAACGUUUUCGGAACAAGUUCAAUCUCGGAUGUGACGGUGACUGGUAAUUCCAAUGGCCUGUACAUCUAUCAUGACAGCCAAACACGGGGUUCUUACAACAUAACAGACUUCAUGAGUGACGGAAAUCGCGGGGCCGGAGUCCUGUUGCAACUUUCGUACAGGUCCCAUGUAUACAUCUUUAACAGCCACAUCAACGGAAAUUGGCAAGGUGGGGUUUCAGUGGAUAUUACAGGCAACAGCAUUGACCAAUAUCCUCAGAUCACUAUGACCAACAACACUGUCGCUAAUAACAAACGUUUUGCGCUUCACGGAAAAGGAGAACUGGCCAACUUUGAGAUUUCCUGGAACUCAAUCAACCAAAACAGUUGCCCAUACCAGCCAGUCGUUGCGUUUAAGGGAAAACCUAAAUGCAUUAACUUUUGUUUCAAUAACGUGAGCAACAAUAACGCCAGAGAAAUAUUCUCUGUUCUGUUUGAAGAUCAGUCCCGAGUCGUUGAAAAAUCCAGAGUCCUUAUUACAGAUAACAUUAUCAAUGAAAAUUUCUACAGUCCAUCAGAAACAGACGGAAAUUUCCAAUACAGUCCAUACCCAGACCCCUACUCCUGCACUAUUGAGAUAGGAGGAUACAAUGAGAACUACACGGUCACCCACAAUUUGAUAGAUAAUGCAAACAUGAACCACACUCUAUGUAGCAGGGUAGGUACGACAUUCCCUGAUGAAACCAUCAACGCCAAAUACAACUGGUGGGGAACUGUGGAUGAAAAAGAAAUUCAAAACAAAGUUGUUGAUUUCGAUGACUGGAACGACCGUGCACUAGUGGACUACUUUCCCUAUCUGACCGGGCCUGAUGUAAACUCCCAACCAGCUGAGCCUUCCAUUCAAAAUAUUACGAUGACGACAGAUGACAUUGGAGGACGACUAUAUGGAACGCUGCAUCUCACAGAAAGUGGAAGUCCCUACACGAUUAAGAAAGAUCUAACUAUCCUGGAGAAUGCGUCCGUUACAGUAGAACCGGGAGUGCAGAUUAGAUUCCAUCCCUGUGAACUGAGACUGAACAGAUAG